AUGGCUACGGCUGAGACCAAAUUGAGCUUGAAGCUUCUGAUUGACACCAAGGCUAAAAAACUACUAUUUGCUGAGGUUGAUAAGGAUUUUGUUGAUUUCCUCUUUCACAUUCUCUCGUUGCCAGUGGGCACUGUCACUAGGCUCCUUAAGGAGAAAGGAAUGAAUGGGUGCUUGCAUAACAUCUACCAAAGCGUAGAGAAUCUGAAUGACUCCCAUAUUCAGUGGAAGGAUAGUAUUUUACAACCCAAGUGUCCUUUUAGAAUCUCUUCAGUUCCUCUAUUGCUUAAUGACGCUCCGUCUAUGGCUAUUUAUCAAUGUCCACGUUUUCCCCCCCACGACUCUUAUGUCACCGAUGACUCUAGCGCUCGCUGUCCAGAUCCAGAUUGUGACUUACAAAUGUCAGGUACUUGUAACUUACAAAUGUCAGAUACGAUGACGUAUGUUGCUCCACCUGGGAAGGUAGCAACAGGGGGUUUUGUGAAGGAUAUGGUGAAAUACAUGGUGAUGGAUGACUUGGUAGUUAAGCCCGGGUCCGUCGUAUCAAGCAUUACCAGUCUUACAGAGUACUUUAAUAUCAAGGAUUUUGAUGCACUGCACGAGGAAGUUGUACAUUUUGGAAAGGAAGAGGCGCUGAAGUUGCUGAAAUUAUCAUUCGAGUCGAAAGCAGUUCUGACAAGUCUUUUCAUGAUGAGCAGCGUAAAGGCGGAGAAAUAGCUAGUCAUUAUUAGACAUAUCAAUGGAUUUGGAUGUUUCAGUUUAGUCAAUUGCCUUUUAAUGGUUUUCUUUUGUUUCAUUUCCCGCUAUCGUUGAUUAUGAUUACAAAAUCUUACUUUAUCUGGUUUGAAA